GUCGCCAUGUUGAAGUUGAUGGCGACUGACAGGGUAUUCACUGCGGCUGGUCUCUUUACGCUUCACUGCGCUUCACUGCGAUUUAUUUCUGCGCUUGGCUGUUUCAUUGUUAUUGUCAAUUAUGUCUCCUCGCAUCUUCUCUUCAUAAUUGCGCCGAUGAUUUCAUUUUCACGAUCUGCGCAAAUUCUUCGGCUUUUGAAUAGUGAUUUUCCACCACAGGACCACAGAUGCAAAGGAUCUGACAGUCCUGGAGAGGAACACGAUGUCUGAAGAGCAAGAGCCUGGUGGCAUUGCGUCGGUGACCACAGGCCAAAACAAAGAAGGCGUCAGAGUGGCCAUCGAGGGCUGUGCUCAUGGCACCCUAAACUCCAUUUAUGCCUCUGUCGAGGAAGCCUGCCGUGUGAAAGGAUGGGACAGCGUUGACCUCGUCAUCAUUGGCGGCGACUUUCAGGCCGUGAGAAAUCAAUACGAUCUCAACGUCACGGCGAUGCCAGAGAAGUACCGCCGAAUGGCAGAUUUUCAUGAGUACUACAGUGGCGCGAGGGCUGCUCCCUACCUGACCAUCUUCAUCGGAGGCAAUCACGAGGCUAGCAAUCAUUUGUUCGAGCUUUACUAUGGUGGAUGGGUCGCCCCAAACAUCUACUACCUGGGUGCCGCCAACGUCAUUCAAUUCGGUCCCUUGAGGAUUGCGGGACUUAGCGGAAUCUGGAAGGGUUACGAUUAUCCUAAAGCUCACUUCGAAAGAUUGCCGUACAAUCGGGAGGAGAUGUCCACCAUUUACCAUGUGCGCGAACUCGAUGUCAGAAAGUUGCUGGCCAUCCGUACUCAGGUCGAUAUCGGUCUUUCACACGACUGGCCUCAGCGAGUGGAGAUGCACGGAAAUUUUGAAUGGUUGUUUCGAUCAAAGCCUGGAUUUGGAGUUGAUUCGAAGAAUGGAAAGUUGGGAAACCCGGCUGCCCGACAGUGUCUGGAUCGCUUGAGGCCUCCAUAUUGGUUUUCGGCCCAUCUGCACACCCGAUAUGCAGCCAUUGUCGAGCAUGGCCAGAACGAUGGAUCUUCACUGCCGCGGGCUACACCAGGUGUGAGCACUGCGAAUCCGGCUGGAUUGUCACCCCAGCAAAACUCACAGAGGGUCUCGGCAUGGCAAGGAUUUCAUGCGGUUGCUCAGCGCGAGGAUGCAGCGGACAGGGACAGGGCUCUGCAAGAGCAAGAGGCUCGACGUCAAGAAGAAGCGAGAACUGGCAUUCGACAAGGCCCCUCGUACACCUUUCAGGAGACAUUCAAACAAGUCGAUUCGAACGCCGGGUUCGACAGGCAUGUCACUUCCACCACCAAGACGGAGAUCAAACCUGGAGAACAGGACCAAGCUAUCCCCAAUCUUGAUGGCUGCUUUGUUUCAAGACCGUCAAAGAGACAACGAACCGAGUCCGAUGCCCUCGAGCCGGCUCGUCCUCAUCCUACGGCCUCGGAGCGUGGAUUCGCCUCAUCGAAUGACCAGCUUGAUGGCACGAAUGCUAGUCGUCCGGCUGGUGCUCCAGAGAUUGUUGUCGACAACCCUGACGCCAUUGAUAUCGACAUGACUGACGACGAUGAACCAGUUGCAACCGGCCGAAACGGCUCUGGCAGCUUUUCUACAGCUCCUAUUCCUAUUCCUGUAGCGACGUCCCUCCGGCCAGACACUGGAGGCAUCGCCCGUGAGCCAAGAGUGUUCUCUCUGCCCAACUCGGAGGCAAGUGAAGACGGCGGUGUCAGACUUAACAAUGCAGACAUAUCGUCGUCAAAGGCUGCGGCUACGGCUGCGCCAGCGGUGCCCACUCCAGCAAUUCAACAGUAUCCGGAGUCCAUGGACGUCGACUCUCCAGCACCGGCCCUGAACUCACAGGGUGUGUCGACCGCAACACCGUCAUUCCAGCCCACUGCGCCAAGCUCUAAAUCCGACCCCUCUUCGGCAAACCUUGUCCCUGAUCUCGAUAAAUGGCCCCAAGACGAGAUCUCAGAAGCUUUUGGUCCACCGCAAGCUGUAGUAGCACUUCCGCAGCCAACUCCACUGGUGACCCAUGACCAGGUCGACUCGACACCCCCCAAUGCAGUUGUGGCAGUACCUGACCCAAUGUCCAAGAGUCGCAAUGUCAGAAAGGGUCCAGGCUCAACUCGGCAGGCACCAGAGGCAGUCCUACCACGGCGAUUCUCAGGUGGAAUCAACGCCGGAAAGACCUCCACUCUGCCGCCGGUUGUCGCACUGCCACAGCCACAUUCGUCGCGUGAAGAAAUCGAGAAGAAUUCAGUCCAGCAGAAAGCUGUCGUGGCACUUCCGCAACCGUCUUCGAAAGGGAAUACCAUCCAGCAGAGCUUGACCGAGGAGCAGCAUGGCAUGACCCCCCUACCGCAUCCCGCAGCGACUGGAAACGACGUCAAGGAAAGCCCAUCUCAGCAGCAUCAAGGAAUGACUCCGCUACCAAAACCGUCUUCUAUUGACCAGCCGCAAGCCGCCAUCGCUGUGUCCCAACCCACCGCAAACGACGUUUCAGACGAGCUCCGCGACCAAUUGGCUGUUCUUUCAAACACUUUCGCCAAGAAGGGAGACAAAGUCAAGAUCGAAGCCUCGCCCAGCCUGCCAUUCCCAGAAGGCAUCACGAACCAGAAAACAGAGUUCUUGGCCCUGGGCAAAUGCGAACCAUAUCAGGAGUUUCUACAGCUUCUUGAAAUCAAGUCUAUCAACUCGAGUUCAGCACAGGAGGAGAAUGUUCGUCGUCCAUUCACACUAUCCUAUGAUCCCGAAUGGCUUGCUAUCCAGCGUGUUUUUGCACCUGAACUCGUCCUCGGCGGAUCUCCGAAUGAUAGAGCACCACCUCACCGUGGCGACACAUUCUAUCGUGAGCAGAUUGUUAAAGAGGAAGCAUGGAUCCACGAGCAUGUCGUCAAAACUGGCAAACUUGGCGUUCCGAACAAUUUCACCAUCACUGCGCCGGUCUAUGAUCCGAAGCCGAAUCAACCUGUUGCUUCCACCUCCAUGCCCCGCGAAGUCACCAAUCCUCAGACAAGCAUGUACUGUGACUUGAUUGGAAUUGAGAAUAAGUUCGACAUCAGUGAGCAGGAGCGUGAUAGGCGCAUGGAGCAGGGUCCGAGACCAGAUCGGCCGGAGUACGUCAAUUAUGAGAGUCGGUCAGGCCGUCGGGCUGGAGGUCGACAUGGUAGCCAUGAAGGACGUGGAGGUGGUGGUCGAGGUCGUGGCGGAGGCCGAGGUGGUGGUGGUGGUGGUGCCGGUCGAGGAGGCUAUGGCGGCCGGGGCCGUGGAGGUGGCCGUGGAGGUGGUGGUCACGGUAGAGGACGGGGUCGUGGUGGUGGUUGGUGAGGCGGUAAGGCUCGACGAUGCAACAAUCAAGGUGUGAUUUGCCAUGUACCACAAUGCAAUGCCAAACUCACCACCACCACCUCCUCCUCCUCCUCCUCACAACUUGGAAGUUGUAUCAAUUGCAUCUCCUUUGGUCUACAGCAACGCCCGCUCCUGGGACCGGACACAGACACAGGAACAAGCGCAUACCAUGCCAUGCAUAUUCGCAUGCCUAGUGCACACGCGGAUCGAAUGCGAAUACACUUUUCUGCUCUGUGCAGCCGAUUUCUGCUUGCCCAGCCAUCAUCUUGACCAUUCAUUGGUUUGUGUCUCUGAUGUUUUCCGCACGGGCUUCUUCUUGCAUUGCAUUCAUUGCCUGCCUUGGUUUUUAUUUUGCAGACAGUGCGGAGUGGAGCAGCGACGCGCUGCACUUUGCUGCGAUGCUUACCUAUGCUUCCAACAGACCAUGCACAGAAUUUGUGGUCUGAUGCCCUGCUUUGAUUGUAUGAUGAGAUACUUACAUAGGUUCCUAGGCACGACAACUCACGUUUACCGCUGGUACAUGCAUCUACUGCAGCCACGCCGCCGGAGCAAGAGAAAACCUAGGGUUGUUUUACAUCGACGACAAAACACUCAAUUCAUUCCAUCCUGCUUCGACUCUGAAGGAUACUAGUAUCGUAGGUUCUUAUUCUUUUCGUUUGGCCCAAGGAACCGGACGAGCACAGUUUAGCAUCAUAAAAUAGAGGAGACGAUUUGAAUGGAAGAUGGAAGAUCAGAAAAAGGACAAAUUACCUCAGGAGAGACCUACGACACUUGUACGCAUAUAAAUCCGGCUUUCAGAAGUGGGUUACACAUGUACUACUAGAAUUUAUCCCACAGUCACGGCUUUGGCCCUGCCAGUCCUA